CAGUCCACUCCAGUCCAUCUGCCACACAAGCCAGCCUCUCAGACAGACAGACAGACAGACAGACAUAGGUACUGCACCGACUCGCCUGCUGGCAUCAUCACACACACAGGUAGGCACAUACAUCAGCAGGUGCUGCAUCACUGCUCUGCUCUGCCUCACACUCAGGUUCAUGGUGUGAGAUUUGGCUGACUGCACUAACCUGCAUCAUGCACACAGGUGAAUAUUCACACAGGGCUUACCUCUAGACCAGAAGAGCCUCUGAGAGUGUGACACAGAGAGAGAGAGAGAGAGAGAGAGAGGCACCAGUUUUCAGAGCAGAUGACAACGCUGGCAGUGAGCCUGAAAGACAGGUAAAGGAGAAUUAAACGUUGGUGAAAAUUAGAAGAGUGCUUGAAGAUUAUAUGAAGUUUCUACAGAAGAAUCGGCUUCUAUUACCUGCUGUCAUCUAAAAAGAAACUGACAGUGACAUUUUCUAAAACAAACUUAUUUCUUCAUAUUCUUUGCCUUGUUGCUACCAUACCACUCUGCCAGCAAAUCCUCACACAUUAAGCCUUGAUAAACCUACUUGCUGAAGUCUACCAGGUGUUUUCAUUAGCAGUGAAGAUUCCUCCACAGCUCCUCCUCCACCACAGUGUUUCCUCACACUGGAAAGCCUCCAUUCCUAGAUGAUGCGGACAGACAGCAAAGGCCGAAGUGCCUCCCCUCACCGGAUAACCUACAAAUCUGACUUUCAUGCCAUCAAAUGCUCUUUUGACACCGGGACCACUCUAAAACAAGGGACCAAAGCCACCGCUUCACAACACUCUGCUGUGCACACAACCAGACUGCCAUCGAGCCUGUCAGAUCCCAUGAUGUCUCAAAACAGCAGCAACACUGGCAGCAGAGGGAGGGUCAACAGCACCAGAGGGACCAAGAUCAGAGAAAACAUCUUUCUGCAAAUGGACAGCCAGCAGUUGAAACCAGAUGGGCCGGUGCUAAACUGUGGAUCCGUGCCACUUUCACCUCAAAAACCAAACCUGCACCUGCAAACAUCACCUUUCUGUGGAUCCAAACGUGCAGUUAUCAGUUCCUCGUGUGUUCUGAGCACUGUAGUCAGCAUUUCCACUCCAGAAUCCUUUCUGCAAGAUAAACCAUCCAGGUCUGAAGACAUCACAGAUAUCGACCGUGCUGCUUUGGCUCAGAAGUUCUCUGUUACCCGCAAGUUGUUUGAGACCAAACUGAUGGAGGGUGGAGGUGGUGCAACACAAAGUCCAAAAGUCAUUACAGUCAGAGGAAGCAAAGGGAUGUUAGAGGAAGAAGACGACAGCGAGGGGGCAAGCAGAAAUGGGAAGAACGCAGAGAUGGAUGACUUGGAUAAAGACAAAUUCAUAAACCAACCUAUCAUAAAUACUUCCUUACGAAAGCCUCCUGCACCGGCCACUGUGACAGGUCCUCCUAAAUCUCCUGUACCUGAUGGCCCUGCUGGAGCAUCCAUCAAAUCUCUGUCUUGUCGUGACAAACAUGGUCAAACCACAGCAUCACAGGGUAAUGAAGCAACCCAGACAGAGAAAGAUGGAGUAGAAAAAGUCAGUCUUGACCCCUGUUUGCACCGGGAGGAACCAGUGAGGGCGGAACUGGUCGACGUGAAGAACGAGUCGUCUGAAAGUGAUGAAAAUGAAGAGGAACGGGAGAAGAAGAGAAGCCCAAAGGAGGAGCUGGGAAUUUACAUGGACAAAAUAUUUGGGGAAGAUGUGUUCAAUCUAGUGGAUGAUGUUUUUGUGGAACUGGAAAUGCAGAAAUGUGAAGUGUUUUUUGAUCCUGAUAAGCAGAAAGGUAGAAAUGAUGUUGCCCUAGAGGAACAUCAGGAGUUAUCUGCAGGGUUGACAUGUAAAAGAGAGACUACAGAUGAUAAGGACAGAGGAAGAGACAAGUAUCAGCAGGUGAAUGAACGGAGGGAGGGUGAAAGGGAGGAGCAGAGUGGAGAGUCCAUUAAACCAGCUGAAAAGUCAACAGUGGAAGUGAAGAAAAAGUCAGAUGAAGCCGUGAGAAAGAUUAAGACAAGUGUGAUGCAAGCUGAGGUUACUGAGAGAGAAACAGAUGAGGGUAAGAGGAGAGGUGGAAGUACAGAGUGCAUACAAAAUGAGAAGGAAAGAUCUGGAUGUGAGGAAAAGCUGCAAGAGGAGGCCAAGCCGGAAGAGUGUAGAAGAUCUAGUGAUGGGAAAGGUGAAGCGAAACAGAAGGAUGACCUAGGAGGAGAUGAAGAGGACUCUGCAGUGAUCUGUGGGAUUGAGAACAAGGCCUUCGUGUAUGAUCAGGAAUACCAGUCUCAUCCAGAGCAUCCAAAUCCUCCAAGUCACGAUGGUCAAAGCCCUGAGGACAAGACGGAGGAGCCUUCAGCGGAAUAUGAGGAAAUCCCCGGUGUUCCUGAAUUUACGGAUCAGGACGGUGACGAUGCAGCAGAACCUGGGAAGAGAAAGGUCACAUUCUCUCCAGCGCCGAUCAGAGUCUAUAGCACUUAUUCCAAUGCAGAUUAUGACAGACACAAUGAAGACAUUGAUCCAGUGUCCGCCUCGGCUGAGUACGAGCUGGAGAAGAGAGUGGACAGAAUGAAUGUUAUUCCAGUGGAGAUAGAAAAGGGAGAAGAUGGUCUGGGCAUCAGUAUCAUAGGAAUGGGUGUGGGAGCCGACCAGGGACUGGAAAAGCUGGGAAUUUUUGUCAAGACAAUCACUGAGGGAGGAGCAACACAGAAGGAUGGAAGGAUCCAGGUGAAUGACCAGAUAGUGGAAGUGGACGGAAUCAGUUUGGUCGGAGUCUCGCAGCUGUUUGCAGCCACUGUCCUGAAGAACACAUCAGGCCUGGUCAAGUUUUUGAUCGGUCGAGAGAAGGAGGGAGUGGAGAGUGAGGUGGCGCGACUGAUCAACGAAAGCCUGGAAAUGGACAAAACAUCCAAAAAGAGAGAAAGAUGCAGUGGAGAUGAAGACAUUGACAGUUGCUUGUCAGAGAAGGGAUCAGUGGCUGAGGAAGAGGAGGACAACGAUGAAGAGGAGGAGGAUGUGUCUGUUCUUUCCAGUCUGGACAACUACCAGCUAUGCCUCAAAUACAAACAGCUCCAGUUAAAACUGAGGAGCAGAACAGCCCAACUUCAGCGCACCAGAGAAAAGUUAAAGGCAUGGGAGGAGCAGCAGGCCUCCUGGGAGAACCAGAGAGCAGAGCUGGAGCAAAGAGCAGAGGACGGAGAGGAGAAAGCUGACAAACUAGAAAAGUAUUGGCAAGAAGCCCAGACACUCUGCAGGGUUGUUAGCCAGCGUCUGGCCGAUGCCCAAAGCCAAUCAGAAAGCCUGGAGAUCAAAUACAGCAAGGCCAAAAGACUGGUCCGAGAAUACCAGAGCAGAGAGGAGGAGAGGGAGAAAAGAGAAGCAGAACUGAGAAAAGAAAUGGAAGAAAGAGAAAAGCAGAACAGAGAGCUGUUUGAAAGACUCCAAAUCCAGAGAGGGCAUACUGACAGAAAAGAGCCUGUAUCUGAAGGGAAGAACCAGUCUGCGGAUACUUCAGGCACAGGUCCUGACUGGUGUAUUUCAGUUCCUGAUACAGGACGUCUGGACUCCAGUGCUCACAUAGCCAGAGCUCAGCUGGCCCAGAAAUCCAAGCGCCACCCGCCCUCUCGAGACAAACUCCGGGAGAGUUUUAAACGACAGGAUGAAGCAACCCCCAAACCCCAGGAGAGCCGGUCUCUAUCUGUUCCCUCAGUAGCUCAAAGGUCCAGCAGAAGUGAACAGUCCAGUACCUCCUCUUUCCCUUCUCUCAGCCCUUCGCUUCCAAACACUUCAGUCUUCACCCCUUCAAUCUACAUCACCGACAAUAACGCGCCAUCGCCGUGCAAGUCCUCAGCUUCCAAAAAAUCCAGAAGGAGGUUUCCUGACUUUAGUGGACUUCGUAAGUCACUCAGCAAAAGGAGGAGUGAAAAACACAAAAGAAGAUCCAUGAACAACAGUAGGGGGUCAUGUGGAGACCUGGUGGAUGAGCCCGCUCAAGUUUCUCCUUCAGGUUCAGUCACCUCCAUGCCCUCCUGUUUGCCCUUUCCUUGGUUCGGAGAGAAAGGGAGGGAGAAAGAGGAGGAAACGGAGAGAAGCAGGGAGAGGCUUCGCUCUGUGUCUAGCAGCAGUUUACCGUAUCUGACCACCACAGGACGAAGAGAUCAACGUAUGGGUUCUCCGGUGGGCAGUUCGAGUAUGGUGGGUCAUGUCUCUGAUCACUCACUCUCUGGACACUCUAACACUUUUACCUUCUCUUCCACUGAGACUUUGGACGACGACCCAGUUCCCACCAAUAACAACAACCAGUGGCAAAAUCGACCUAUGUGUGAGUGGAACAACCAGCAGGUGUGUCUGUGGUUGAUCGCUAUGAACAUGGACCAGUACAUAUCUGGGUUUUCUGCCAGAGGUGUGGACGGAACACAGCUUCUUAACAUGGACAGUGAAAAACUCAAGGCUCUGGGGGUGUGCAGUCAAAGUGACCGUUCCAGUCUGAAAAAGAAGCUGAAGGAGAUGAAGAAACUGGAGGAGAAAGAGCAGCGAGGGAGAGAAAAGAGGCUGAAGGAAGAAAAGGAGAAAAAUGUGCUUUUAGACAAGGACAGUGAAGGAAAAGGAAAAGCGAGGAUGACGGAGGAGAACUCGGCGAAGGAGGCCAGGCAUAGCAUCAAAACCAUAAGGACUGAAUCACUCCUAUAAAAGACAGAGGUGAUGUCGAAGAGGCUUCACUUUUCACACCCACCUCCGUCCUGUUGCCACCAGCAUGAGGUUGUGUGAAUCCACUGAAAUACACUUGAACCUAUUUCUACUUAUGUGACAGAAGCAUAUCUACAUUCCACACAUCCUCUGAUAUUCACAUCCUGAUUUUAUCAUUCCACUUUUAAUGAACACAAGUGAAUUUUGACUCAAAACACCAAAGUUCACACUUGCAGGAGUUAUGUGCCCCAGUAUAUUUCACCUGUAAAAUGUCUAACAUUCUACUAUUUUAAUGUUUUUUCCUUUUUUUCUUUUUUUUACAUUAAAUUAUUCUUAGAAUAAUUUUAAUUAUAAAUUAUGUGCUGAUUUCAGUACUCAGGUAUUUGCUGUAAAUGCUUUUUUUAUGUGCUAAUGUUCUAAUAAAUUAUGCUUUAAAUUUA